AUCUCAUUAGCUAAGGAACCUUUCCAGCUUGGACCUACGUCAUAUCACUGAACUGGAUAAUGAAACCGUGAUGGAAAUUGUCAAGAGGUGCAAAAAUCUUAGCUCUCUCAAUCUCUGUCUGAACUGGAUCAUAAAUGACAGGUGUGUGGAGGUCAUCGCAAAGGAAGGACAAAACCUGAAAGAGCUGUACUUGGUGUCCUGUAAAAUCACAGAUUAUGCGCUGAUAGCCAUUGGGCGAUACAGCAUGACAAUAGAGACGGUGGAUGUUGGAUGGUGUAAAGAAAUUACAGACCAAGGAGCCACCCUGAUUGCACAGAGCAGCAAGUCUCUGAGAUAUUUGGGGCUGAUGAGAUGCGAUAAAGUCAAUGAAGUGACGGUGGAGCAGCUGGUGCAGCAGUACCCCCACAUCACCUUCAGCACCGUCCUCCAGGAUUGCAAGAGGACCCUGGAGAGAGCCUAUCAGAUGGGCUGGACCCCCAACAUGUCCGCGGCCUCCUCCUAAUGCUCCUGCCCACGCUCAGGUCCACGCGGCCGUUCGGCGGGGCAGGGAGGGGUGUAGCUUUGGGGUGGGUGAUCUCUUGGAAAGGUUUGAACUGUCACGUGUCUGUGUGUGUACCCGAGUGUGUAUAUUUGUGUUUCGUUCGCAUACUGCCUAGUAUAAGCGCAAUUGCUGUUUAGUCCCAGGUGAGCUGGUUGUUUUUCUUAAAAGUUAAAGAUUUUAAACGCCACAAACCUUUUGAUUUUUAAGUUCAAAGGCUUAGUUCUCUUUUUUUAAAAAAAGUGUUUUUACUGUGGAAUAAAAAGAAUUGAAUAUAGUAUUUUGAACUUCUAAUUCCUACCACUUGGUAAUGCCCUAAAAUGAAGGCAACUGCGUUCUUUCCUAGUGAGAUAGACUAGCGCACUUCCGCUAUGACAACCAGAACACACGUGAUGUGGCAGUGGUCAGAAGCCUGGAAACCAGCUUCUCUCACUCCCACAUCCAUGCGCACGCACACCAGGGCAGUUCCUUUCUGUGUCAUUUCUGACAUAGGGGCCUCCCUCCCGGCCACUGGGAGAGCAUGCUGCCCACUGUGGCUCUGCUAACUCAGUGUCUCCAUCCGUGGCCAACUUGCUAUCUGGUAGGUGACUUAGGAACUAGAGAGGAGAAAGCCUUUUGUGAAAUUUUAUCUGGAGGUAACAGUCCCCUGGCCAGCUCACAAAAGUUAAUUAUUCAUCAGUCUACAAACGCGUUCUGUUGAGUACUAAAUAUUUCAGUUGAGUUUUACAUUAGCAUUGUGUUAGUUUUCACUUCAUGGAUAGUAACUGGUCUUGGAUGUAUUUUAAUGGCAUUUGGAGCUAAUCUUCACAUUAUUCACAUUAAAGUCAUCAAUGUAAUUAAUAGUGUGAAGUUAUUUUUUAAAAAAUCUACAGAUCAUUUAAUUAUUUUUGUUAAUUUGGGUAAUUAUGAAAUUAUAUUUCUGAGAUUUGGGGGUAGUCACAUUAAUAGAAUAUUAAUGAGUGAUAUAAAUAGACAAUCUUUUUUUGGCUUUGUUUAGCUUUGGGCUUUAGAGCAGGUUUUUGGUCAUAGGCAUGUUAUUUUUAAACAGUUCUUACGCUACUGCAAAGAUCUAUUGCUGGUUAAUGUAUGAGUUAAGAAAAAUUAUAAAGUCUUUUCUUUAAGAUUCUGUUUACACUUGUCAGAAAUAAACAUUUCUUUGUUUAAAGAUCGACACCUUUCAGUUAAGAAAAGAUCUAUGUAAAUGAAUGUUUUGAUUUCACACAUAUUUACAGUUAAUCCAUGUAGAGACUCAGGCUCAAAUAACCUUUCCUCUGUCUAGAUUUAUAAUCAAGACAGCAGGGAGCCUUUUUAUGCUAAAGAGUGAUUAUCUUUCCCAGUAGAGCUAGAUACGAAACCCUGGCUUGUGAGUUUGCUAUUUAUUCUUCCCCAGUAUGGACUAGCUGUUUUUGUUUUGUUUUUUGGUCUUUCACAGGUAUACUAAAGUUUGAGUUUACCUUUCUAUAAGUCCCAAUAUUGCUAAAAUGAGACUAUCUUUAAGAAACAGAAAAAUAGCUUUACAUUCAAAUGUCAUUCACUUAUUUAUAAUGACUCCCAAAAAUGUAAACAACUGCUUUUUUUUGAUUAUGUCAACAUGCUUCUGAUAUGGCUUUUUUAUUUUUAUUUUUUGCUUUUAAUCCAAAUCAGUUAGGAAAAUCUAGUCAGUACCCACCAAGGGUGUUUUUUUCUGUCACUAAAUGGUUUAUUAAUUUAAUUUUAAGGGAAUGAAGUUUGUGUAAGGAAAAAAAAAGCUGUUUACCAUUAAUAAACUGUAAUUCUUCUUACACAUCAAACUGUAUUGUUUUCAUUUCCCCUCCACUGAAAAAAAUAUCUUAAAUCAUAAUAUUUUAACUGGUUUUUAAUCCAAAACUAAUUUAUAAGACAGUAUGAAUAGUAAUAGUAGCUUGAGUGAAUAAGCAAAAGUUUAAUUUUUAUAUAUGUCACACUAUAUUUUAAAUAGUUGAAAAAAAAAAGACUAAAGAAGGGAGAGCCAUCCUUGAUACAGAUGGUGCCAUUUCAAUUCAAAAUUGUAAUAAUUUUGGAGUGUUACAGUUUGUUGUCAAAUGGUUUCAGAAGUGUACAAUUGAUUUUUUUAAUGUUGCAACGUUUGAUCUAAAGUGCAGCACUAUAACAUGCUUCAGCUUGGGUUGGGGGGUGGGGGGGUGCACUCUUAUUCUUUAAGAUGUUGACUAAUCCAGAAAGCCUGAUGCCACAUAACCUGGAAAACCGCUUUGGUAUAUUUGUAGAAAUCUCUAGAAAUGUCCUAUCCAGCCUCAAAGCAUUAAUCUCAAAAAACAAACAACAAAAAACAGAAAAUGCAUUACCUCGAGUGAUCCUGUGGUGGUUGUUGAAUGUGUUCUCAUUAGAUGCUUUGAAUUGAGGCUUAAAAUGAUUUUUCUGGGCAAUAUAGAAUUUUUUUGUUUUGUUUUUGCUUAGAAUGUCAUAAAUGUAUGUGAACACGUUUAAUGCAGGGCUUUUUAUCCUCUCCAAAAUGUCAACAGUAUUUUCAGAAUAAAGGCUAUGAAAUAUAUUGCUGUAGUGGAAAUUCUGGUCCUUUGUCUUUAAUGUCUUUUUGAGUGGAUAAAGGAAAUUUACUCGGUUUGUAGUAUCUAUAUUUCUGUGAAUCUUUUGACCUUGCAAUGGGUUGCAAUAAAAGAGAAACAAAA